AUGAAAAUAAAAUAAGAACUAUCACUUAGUUAGAUAAGCUAAGAAUUUAUUAAAAAAAUCAAAUAUUAAAAUCCAAAACAGCUGUUAAAUUAAAUAGCCAAAUUAAUAUUAAUGGAAAUAUCUAUCAAGUUACAAUUAAUAAUAAUUUAAUUCUAAAAGAACCACUAAAAAAAUGUAAUUAAAUUCUAAAUUUCAGGGAUAAUCAUUAAUUAUUCAAACAAAAUAGUAACACUAUUUUAUAGUUUACAAAAAUUAAGAACAGAAAUUUAAAUAAUCUGGAAAUUCUUAAUCUUUAAAGUAAUAAAAAAGUGA